CAGCGAAAUUAGAAAAUGAGUAUCUCUGCCUACGUUUCAGACCAUUGCUUGCUAGCUGCAUUGCUAUCAGUCUAUUUUUCUGGUUUUGUCGAUUAGUAUAAUUGUUGAGGAAUAUAUAACCGUAUAUGCAUUAACUAUUAGCGGUGGAACUACUAUGGCAACUGGACAUGAUUAGUUGUCUGCUAUCAAUUGUGAUAACCGUGAAGACUCAGCACGUUAGCUACAGUGAAGUGAGUGCCUAGUACCUAUUUUCUGAAGACUUCACAUUAGCCACCACAAUGAGAUUAAAGACAUCAUUACUCAAGGAACCAAAACAUAAAGAGCUUGUGAGCUGUGUGGGCUGGACCACUGCAGAUGAGCUGUACUCAUGCAGUGAGGACCACCAGAUCCUGAGAUGGAACCUGCUGACCAGUGAGACCAGCCUGGUGGUGAAGCUGCAGGAGGACCUCUUCCCCAUUGACCUGCACUGGUUCCCCAAGACGGUGGGAGGCAAGAAGCAGGCCCAGGCUGAGAUCUUUGUGCUCACCAGCACUGAUGGCAAGUUCCACCUGGCCUCUAAGAUGGGCCGUAUUGAGAAGAGUGUGGAGGCCCACAAAGGAGCUGUAUUAGCCGGGAGAUGGAACUACGACGGGACUGCUCUCAUCACAGCUGGGGAGGACGGACAGAUCAAGAUCUGGUCUAAGAGUGGCAUGCUGAGGUCCACCUUGGCCCAGCAAGGGUCUCCUGUGUACUCGGUGGCCUGGGGCCCGGACUCUGAUAGGAUCCUGUACACGUCAGGCAGACUGCUGAUAAUCAAGCCCCUGCAACCUAGCGCCAAGCUCCUACAGUGGAAGGCCCAUGAUGGGAUCAUUCUGAAGGUGGACUGGAACUCGGUGAAUGACCUGAUACUGUCGAGUGGAGAGGACUGUAAAUACAAGGUGUGGGACAGCUAUGGUCGUCUGCUAUACACAUCCUCGUCACAUGACUACCCUGUGACCUCAGUGUCCUGGUCUCCGGAUGGGGAGGUGUUCGCCGUGGGCUCCUUCAACACCCUGCGCCUCUGUGACAAGACCGGGUGGUCGUAUGUGUUGGAGAAGCCUAACACUGGCAGUGUGUUCAGCCUGGCCUGGUCGGCAGACGGGACACAGCUCGCGGGGGCUUGUGGGAACGGACACGUCAUCUUCGCCCACGUGGUGGAGCAGCGCUGGGAGUGGAGGAGCUUCGAGAUCACCCUCACCAAGAGGAGGACCAUGCAGGUGAGGAACGUGGUGAAUGAUGCGGGGGAUGUGCUGGAGUUCAGGGACCGGGUCAUCAAAGCCUCUCUGGCCCACGGUCACCUCGUGGUCACCACCUCUCUCCAGUGCUAUGUCUACAGUGCUACGAACUGGAACACCCCUCUCAUCUUUGACCUGAAGGAGGGGACUGUCAGCCUCAUUGUACAGGCUGAGAAACACUUCCUGUUGGUGGAUGGGACGGGGGUGUAUGUGUUCUCCUACGAGGGCCGUCUCAUCUCCACGCCCAGAUUCCCCGGCAUGAGAACAGACAUCCUCAACGCCCAGUCCGUUUCCCUUAGCAACGACACCAUCGCCAUCCGGGACAAGAGCGAUGAGAAGGUCAUCUUUCUGUUUGAUGCCCUGACGGGGAAAGCCCUGGGUGACGGGAAGCCCCUGACUCACAAGAUGGAGGUGAUGGAGAUAGCUCUGGACCAGUGUGGCCCGUCCAGCGAUAGGAAGAUUGCGGUCAUAGACAAGAACCGUGACCUGUAUCUGACCGCUGUCCAUCGCCUCUACAGAGAACACAACAUCUGCAAGAUAGGCACUAUGGUCCACACUAUGGCCUGGAACGACUCUGCUAACAUCCUGUGUGGUAUUCAGGACACACAGUUCACCGUGUGGCACUAUCCCAGUGCUGUCUUCACUGACAAGGACCUGCUGCCUAAAACACUCUACAUGAAGGACGCCAGUGAGUUCAGCCGUGCGCCCCACAUCCUGAACUACGUGGGGACCCAGGUGACGGUGCGUCGCUGUGACGGCUCGUUGGUGUACAGCAGCGUGUCUCCCUACCCUGCCCUGCUGCACGAGUACAGCGCCUCCUCUCGCUGGGAGGAUGCACUGCGCCUCUGCCGCUUUGCCAAGGACCAGUCACUGUGGGCGUGUCUCGCUGGCAUGGCAAUGGCCAAUAGGGAGUUGACGACAGCAGAGGUGGCCUACGCUGCCAUUGGAGAGGUGGAUAAGGUGCAGUAUAUUAACUCUAUAAAGGAUCUGCCAUCUAAGGAAUCUUCAGUGGCCCACAUGUUACUGUUCAGUGGUCAUGUCCAGGAGGCUGAGGCCACUCUGCUACAGGCUGGCCUGGUCUACCAAACCAUACAGGUCCACAUCAACCUCUACAACUGGGACAGGGCGUUGGAGCUGGCAGUAAAACAUAAGACCCAUGUGGACACAGUGCUGGCCUACAGACUCAAGUUCCUGCAGGACUUUAGCAAGAAAGAGACCAACAAGAGGUUCAUGCAGUACGCUGACGGGGUGGAGGUGGACUGGGAGAAGAUCCAGGCAAAGGUAGAGAUGGAGCUGGUUAAGGAGAGAGAGAAGGCUGCCACCACCUCUGUCAGGAGCAGCCUGGCCUCUCGACGCUGAGCCUCAACCCUACACCUCUGACUUCAUCCAGGGACCAAUUGUACAUAAUAUUUUCAAAUGUUCAUUUAUCAAACAUGGUUAGUGUUAUUUUUGUGUUUGCGUUUUUUUAUAUUGAUAUUUCUUUUCUUCAAUUAACUUACAUGCCUGAUUCUCUGAGAAUGUACAUAUGUAGAUGUUUAAUAAAUAGAUAUUAUCAGAUCGG